UCCACCCCCCGCCACAGCCCCUCUCCUCCUGCCCUUUACACCCGCUUCCUCCCUGUGCAGACAUGUCUCCCUGGCUGUGACUCAGCCGCUCUCUCCUUCCCUCUGGCUCCGGCCCUUCGCCGGGGCUGCCAAGCGGGCUGAUCUCCCGUAACGAGCAACACACACAGCAGCUCGGGGAAAGGGAAAGGGCUCUCUCCCCGCUUUACGGCUGCUGAAAACCCUCCCUCCCCAGCCAGCUCAGUGCAGCCACGCCGCGCCCGGGCUCGCUCCUCUGCAAGAUUUCUCAGCUGGACAUUGGAAAUAGCUUUUGAUGGUUCUGGGCUUCUUUCAUGUGACCCAGGCGGAAUAAUCUAGAGAUCUGCACUCAAGACUAGAAAUAUGCCUUCAUGAAAAGGUGUCUGCAAACAGUGACCCUUGCUGUCUUGGCUUUAAGGUAAAAAGAUGGCUUAUCACAAAGUGAAUGCAGACCAGAGAACACAGGGGCACUCUCAAUACCUUGACAAUGAUGACCUCCAGGCCACCGCGUUGGAACUAGAAUGGGACAUGGAAAAAGAGCUGGAGGAGCCUGGCUUUGACCAUUUCCGACUGGAUGGUACAGUCGAUCACCAUUCGGGAAAUCCACAAAACACCAACAUUGAUCUCGAGCCUAUUCAGCCCUCGGCAUCCCCUAAAGGAAGAUUUCAGCGACUUCAGGAAGACCCAGACUAUGUGUCACAUUAUACGAGACCAGCACCAAAGAGCAACCGCUGCAACUUUUGUCGGAUAUUUAAACUAUUUUGCACUGUUUUGACUUUAUUUAUUUUUGGAAUUUUACUAGGAUAUUAUGCACACAAAAAAUGUCCUCCUUCCCCCACUCCUUCAGAACCAAGUGACCCUCAUUUCUACCACGAGAUUCUCAAGGAAAUCAAAGCUGAAAAUAUUCAACAGAUUUUCAGAGAUUUGAUACAGUUGCCUAGGAAAGAAGAAGAUACAGACAUUGCAAUGAAACUUCUGGUUCAAUGGACGUCUUGUGGCCUUGAAGAUGUUCAGCUCGUAAAUUACUCUGUCUUGCUUGACCUGCCAAGCUCUUCUUCAAAUACAGUAACUUUGAAAAAUAGUGGUGAAUGCUUUUAUCCUAGUGGACAGAAGUGUUACAGGGAGACCAAAAAGCUUCACAGCCAAGACCUUCUGUACUCAUACGCUGCUUACUCUGCCAAAGGAACUCUCGAGGCAGAAGUCAUUGAUGUGCAGUAUGGGACUGUAGAAGAUUUAGUCCUGAUUCAAGUCAUGACAAAUGUGACCAAUAAAAUCGCACUUCUGAAGCUAGGACAAUCACCUUUACUCUAUAAGCUUUCUCUGUUAGAAGAGGCGGGGUUUGGAGGCGUCCUUCUUUAUGUUGAUCCUUGCGAUUUACCAAAGACUCAAAAUCUUAGUGAUAAAGCAUUCAUGGUUUCCCUGAACAAUGGAGGAGACCCAUCGACACCUGGUUAUCCCAGUAUUGAUGGAAACUACAGACAGAACCGAUCGAACCUUACAUCACUGUUAGUGCAACCCAUAUCUGCACUGCUCAUCAAAAGAUUGGUUUCUUUACCUGAGGACAGAAGCAAAAGUGAUGGGUGUAUCCCUCUCAAACUGCCUGUGACAGAAAAGCGAAUAAUCAGUCUAAAUGUUCAGACAGUCCCAACAUACAAGACAAUUUCUAAUGUUAUUGGUUAUUUAAAGGGAUCUACAUUUCCCGAUAGAUAUGUCAUAGUUGGUAGCCACCACAACAGUGUAUAUGGUUACAGUGGACAAGAAUGGGCCAGUAGCACUGCUGUCAUCACAGCAUUUAUACAAGCCUUGAUGCUAAAAGCUGAGAGAGGCUGGAGGCCUGAUCGGACCAUUGUUUUCUGCUCAUGGGGAGGAACAUCAUUUGGCAACAUUGGCUCAUAUGAAUGGGCAGAGGAUCUCAAGAAAGUUCUCCAGAGAAAUGUUGUGGCUUAUGUUAGCCUCCAUAACCCAGUAAGAGGCAACUCAAGCUUGCAUCCUGUAGCAUCGCCUUCUCUUCAGCAACUGGCAACAGAGAGUCAGAGCCUUACCUGUCUGGGGAAAAUGAAGUGCCCAGGAUCCAAUGUGAGUUCUGUGCAGAUGCAGGGCGAUUCUGAUUAUUUCAUCAACCAUCUUGGGGUUCCCACUGUGCAGUUUUCUUAUGAAGACAUCAAAACAUUACAGAGUCCAAGCUUUCUCUUUGAAGCUCUCUUUCCUGCACAUAACACAGUAACUGAAGAGCUGGAUCCCUUGUUCAACCUGCAUGAGACCAUUGCUAAGCUAACGGGAGAGGUGACUUUGCAAAUUGCCAGUGAACCAGUUCUGCCCUUUAAUGCCCUGGACAUCGCAUUAGAAGUUCAGAACAGGCUUAAAGGUGACCAACUAGACAUUCGUCAGUUGCUGGCAAUGGCUUCAAGACUGAGGGACAGUGCAGAAUUAUUCCAGUCAGAUGAGAUGCGUCCAGCUAAUGACCCCAAGGAGAGAGCUCCUAUCCGAGUGAGAAUGCUUAAUGAUGUUCUCCGAGGUCUGGAGCAAAACUUCUUAGUUCAUCAAGCUCCUCCAGGGUUUUACAGAAACAUUCUUUUCAGGCUGGAUGAAAAGAUGAGCCAAUUUUCAGUUCUGCUAGAGGCACUGGAGUACUGCAAGCUACAUCAGUCAAAUGAGACCCUUCAAGCAGCUUUGUCAAAGGUGCUGAACAGCAUCAAUUCAGCUCAGGUUUAUUUCAAAGCAGGACUUGAUGUGUUUGAGACUGCCUUUGCUGGAAAGAAAUGAGAAAACUCUCAGCAUUCUAAGAAGUUUGUUUACAAUUCACUAAGCUAAAGUUCAAGUCGGACCAGAAUUUCAUUGAGAUUGAAAGUUUUUCCAACUUUUUUUUUCCAAUCGGUGUUUAAAGGUACUACCAUGUGUGUUCUAAUAACUAUAAAACAGUCUUUUGCACUGUUCAUGGUAUAUCCCAAAUGUCUCUUUGAGAAUGUGUAAAAACAUACUAAAAGGGGAAUAACACUCAAGAUUUGAUUUUUAGAAGGAAAUCUGCUGUAUUUUUGUAUGUAAAAUAUAUUUUUAUGACUGAGGGCUCAGUCUUGCAAAGUGCUGAACACCUCCUGCAAAAUGCGAAGGGCCUGAUUUUCAGAGGUGAGGAACACCCACCGCUGUAAGUAUAUUAGAGCUGUGAUUCCUCAGAAAAAUAUUGACUGCAGUACCCUAAAAUUCAUUGGUUCACCCUUAAGUCCUCCAGUACCCAGAUUUGUUACACCUCCUCAACAAACUCAUCUUUGUUCUUUCCCCUUUAUGUCUGGGGAGAGGAAGUUGAAGGAUGUGGGUUCAUUCUAUUGGCGUUCAGGGCAUGCAGGACUAAGGAGGAGGCACUCGAUACCUUGCAGGUAGAGUCCAACAUUUUGAGACAAUCCUUACUCCUGGGGAUGAUGCAUAUAGUGUGAAUGUUGCUUAGGUUCUGGGAGAGUUAAGAACCUUUGAUUAUCCUAUUUCUGCACAGGAAAAGGAGAAUUUUAAUUUCAAUAAAAAAGUGUUUGGGUUUUUUUUUUAAUAUGAACAAUUCAGAUGAUUCAGAAAGAUUUGAAUUAGUCGACGGAGUUGACCAAAAAUAUUUUGAAUAUUUAUGUUUAUGAAAUGAAGUGCCUAAUCUUAUAGAACUAGGUGUAGUACUACCCUGGUUAACAAAACUGUCAACCUUUAUAAUGGCAUCCACUUUACGGCCCCCCUUCACUCCCAGAGUGGUAUAAAGGGACCUUAGCGUAAAUGAGAAUCAAACCCCAAGAAUCCUAGGGAAGGUCUUAAGAUAUAGGGCUUGAUUGUUUCAUUGGCAGAACCCAGGCUGUGGACUCACAGCAGUGCAAUCAUAGUAGUGCAAGCCACUCACAAUUCCCACCCCUCCAGAGAACCUAGAAUAGCCAGCACAACCCAAAUAGAUUAAGCAUAUCUCUCGUCUGAAACAUAAAGCAGUAUUCCCCUAAUGGAAUCCCUGUCUGAGAGAAACAGUAAUACCUCUACCACUGCAUAGCAUGGAAUUAUUGAUGGGUGAAGCAGGUGCAGUUUGUACCUCCCUGUGCUCCUGGGGUGAAUGUGAGUGCACACAGGACAACUGGAAUGCAAGUCAUUUAAUUUUGCAAAACAGGUGACCGUUAGGGCUAAAGUUUACUGGGCCUUAGGGCUUUAAAUCCAUAGAUUAUUAUAACUCCAUGCAAUAAAAUUUAGAGCGUGUAGAGAAACAGGUUUAACAAUGAAGAGCGUGGAAUUAGAGCUGCAGGAAAAAAUGAUCAGACGUCACUGGGACUUCCAGACUGGAAAAGUCGUUGCUGUCUGGGAUCCUAAAUAGUUUAUUGUUACCUCAAAUUUGCCCUUGAAAAUAAAAAGGAGGCUUUUCAAUUUCUAAUGGAAACAGCCACAUUUCUGUUUGAAUGGAGAAAAAUUUCACCUGGGAAAAAUUGCAAAAUUUCUCCAAAGGGUGCAAUUUUAUGUCAGUGCUGUUUAACAAGAGCAUGUUCCCAAAGUGAAAACAGGGAGUUUAUUACAACUCUGAGUCUUUAUUUCCCCACAUAUUGUACUUCAUAAAUAUACUUCUAUAGCUGCAAUGAUUUGAUACAGAGUGUGUGCAACUUUGCUUUUGUCACAUUUCAUCGUACAUUAUUAACACAGGAAAGUGUUUACUCUCUACCUUUCAGCUGACACUAGGUGGAGGGAUCUGUCUGCUGGAGGGCAGGUGAGCAAUUUGACUUUCCAAACCUACUCUAAAGAGAUGGCAUGGCACCAUUUUCUUCUGCCAUAGCACUUCUUCUCGAUCAUCGGGUUUCCAAUAGCACCCAUCACCGUGGUUCCUAACCAGUUGGAAUUGCUUCGUAUGAACUGUGUGUUUUGUAUUUCCCAACAAUAUUUAACAAUUUAUUGUAUGCACUAGAUUUGUAUUGUAUUUCCUGAGGAGGCGUAAUCUCCCAGCUGUGAGGUUAGCGCUUGGGUUACUGAUCCCCAGGGGCUUAAUCCUGAUCCCAUUGAAGUCAGUGGUAAAGCACUUGUUGACUUCAGUGGUACAGAAUCAGGCUCCAAUAAAGGGGCCUAAAAUAUAGACCAACACCUCUUGGCAAGUGUCUAAAAUGUAAAAUCCCCCAAUCUCCCAUUAAACUAUUCUGUGUCAUUUCCAAUAUUGUAUCAACUGAGAUUUUUUGAAAAUACUGUGUCAUUUGUUACAAGUGCAUCAUUCCUGAUUAACUUUCCUUUUCCCCUUCCUCCAGUAAUGUUAGACCAUAACCAGUUUUAAAAUCACAGACCUUGAAGUAUUCUACUGCAAACAACACCAUUAUAGUAUAUGCAGGGGUGAAAGUAACUUAAAGGAUUUACCGGCACUCCGCAGUUCGGAGCAGGGUCGGGGCCUCAGCUGGAAGGGGCCUGGCCUUAACCAGAAGAGGCGGGGCCUUUAGAGCCCCGGGCCCUUUAAAUCAAGAUUUAAACAGCCCCGGUCUCUCGCUGCGGUAGUGGUGGCUGGGAGCCCCGGACCCUUUAAAUCGCUGCCAGAGCUACCAUAUGCAGAGGCAGCUGGGAGCCCCGGGGCUUGGGGGCCAUUUAAAGGGACCGGGGCUCCAGCUGCUGCUGGGAGCCCCAUGCCCUUUAAAUUGCCGCCUGGGGAAGCCGGUCCAGUACGGCGCACCGGCUCUUGCUGGUACAGCGUACCAGGGCAUACCGGCUUACUUUCACCUCUGAGUAUAUGUCUACCUAGAGAUGAUCCCCUGCACCUGCAGGGGCAUAGGCUUGAUGGGAUACUAGACUCUAACUUGUCUGAUUUUAGAGGUGUAAGUCGGUGCUCACAGAUAAUUUUUGAACCAUUUUACCUUUGAAAAGGUACUGCGGGCCAUGUCCUGCCAUUGGUUUUACAUGUAGUCUGGUAGAUUCAGGGAAUUGAUAGCAAGAUAAAGCUGUAAAUAUCCAGUGAAUUUCUAAUAUAGAAUCUUUCUCUCAGCCACUUGUUCCACAUCAGGUAAGAAAAGGUGUGUGUAAAUUGUAAUAGUUUACUCAAACUAAAUUCCUUCUGGUAUUGUCUUGAAAUAAAUGUAAUGCCCUUUUUAAAAAUGCGGUGUUUGCAAACUCCUUGAAGGAUACUAAAAAAAUCUGUUAUCUUUUCAUGAGCAUCGAUUGUCAAACCCAGCAUAACAAAUACAUUAAUUGCUAGAGAGCCAUACUCACCAGGACCAGAAAUCCUUAGGCUUGCAAUAUUUGUGUGGUGAAGCAGUUGAUAAUAAAAGGCUAACAUGAUUUUAUUAGUGCAGAUUUUUGUGAGUCCAUAAAGAACUAAAAUAUAAUCAAAUCAGAGAAAUAACAAGGACAUUGAAGCUGGAAUUUCAGCAUUAACUUCACAGUGGGCAGUGAAUUGCUUU